ACUUCCUGAUCUCAUUAAGUUCAUCCUCAGUGAUUUGGCCAGACUCUGCUUCCAGCCUGAAGCAGCCAGGAGAUUGUGUAAGUCAACAGUCCGUCAGGCCCAUCACCAGGCCAACGUCAAGGUCUCUCCCAAGGACACCGAGAUGAAAACAGCAGAAGAGCCAGCCCGGAGGCUUGAGCAGACCCUGGAGGGGCUGAGGAAGGAAUUGGCUGAGAUGCAGAUCCAAGACCAGAAGCUCCUGCUCACCCUGCGGCAUCUUCGCAGUGUCCUGGAGGAGCUGCGUUCCGAGAGUUCCUCCUGGGAGGACGCCAUGUCCAGCAGAGGGACAUCGCCCAUCAGAGCUCGAGCAGGCUCCGAAGGCCGGGGUCAGCAGCCCAUGGCAUCCAGGCGGCUGGCCCAGCUCCUCCACGGGGCAGAUGGCCGACGAAGCUCCCUCCCUUAACUGGUCAGAGAUGACCCUGGGCUUGAACCUCCCACCACUAAUCUAAGUUUUGUGAUGCUGUUGGGGUGGGGAACACUAGGAUGGGAGUCUGGAAGUCCCUAGGUUCGCCUCUGUCCUCAUCCGCUAAAUGUCCCUCGACUUCUC